GAGUGACGGUUUGGGGACUUUUAUAGGAAUUGCUGCAGGGAUUCGGGGGGGGUCUCUGGCGGCACCGUUGUGGGGUGAAAUCUGUGGUUUGCGACCUCCGUGCUUUGGUCUGUGUGGUCGGGGUGCGAAAAGGGGUUGAAUUCAGCGCUGCCUUGUUUGACCUUGCUGGAGGAGGCUUUUUUUUUUCCCCGGGAUCGGGCAGAAAAGGGUCUGUUGUCCCUCAGGAGGCCAGGUCCCGGUCCGGUCCGUGCCCCGUUGCCCAGCAGGUUGCCACCUGUCAGCACUCACGGCGCGGCUGACCUUGGCCGCGCUGCUGGUUCCCUCGCCUCGCCUUCCCACGGGAGGCUGUGUUAAUGGCUUGUUUUUACAGCAUGGUGAAAAAAAGACAUUUCGGGCCACCUCCGGUGCCGGCUGGGGACCUGCUGCGUCCCCCCCUCCCCCUGUCACGGGCUCCUGCUGGGAGUCAUCGGAGCAGAUGCAGACGGUGGUGGGCACGGGGUAGAGCAUCUCGUAAUGGGUGUGUGGGCUCGGCAAAGACGGCUGCUCUGUGCACAGAAGGUGGAGGGCUCCUGCUGGAGGCUGUGCUGGUAGAGAAACGUGCUGGCAUUUAGAAGCCGGGAGCUGGAGAUGCUGUAGGAUGCUCUUUACGCCCCCGGAGGCCUUCCUGUGCCUCUAACAAUAGCGCGGCAGCGCUGCCUCUCUCUUCUGCCCCUAACGCCCGUGGGGCGGAUGGUUUGGGCAGCUCCUGGUGUCUUGCCCCUUCCUUCAGACCUCCAAGUUCAGGGGAUGGGGCAGAAAGGGCAAAGCUGGUGGUUGGGAGCAAGGGGUCCCUCCAAGACCUCCACCGGGAGCAGCUGGUUAUGGACAGAGUACGGACAGGGGGAACACCUGGUAUGACCGUGCAGGAAAGAGCCUGAUGCAGAAACCCAUCUGCUGGAGGGGCUCAAAGGGCUGGAGCUGCCCAGGUUGGUCUGUCCAGGGCAAUUCAGGGUUGUUUGGAGCAAGGGUAGGUCUGGAGCAAGCCCAGGAAAAAAAAAAAAAAAAACAGAGAGAGGAGAGGACGUGAGCACAAAGGCUUAGCAGGGAGCACUGAAGGUCAGAGGAUCAGCUGGGGGCAAGGUCUGGAGAAGAGCACGGCAAGGAGCAAGCACCAAGCUGUGCUCGGCCAGGUGGGGCAGAGCAGGUUGGGCUUGGCAGGGACAGGAGCUCACAGUGAGAAAACUGACGGGUAAGGAGCACUGGGAAGUGUGCUUUGAGGAGCCUAAGUCUUGCUCAUCUUUUGCCCCGAGCAGUUGGUCUCGUGCCUCCUCGAGCUGCUCUCCGAAUUUCCAUGACUCUGCUGGGUUUGCUGCUCCAGCAGCAUGCCUGUGGAGUGAAUUAAUUGCCCACCCUUUUCCCUUUGGGUUUCGGCCACUGGUUUUUCAAUGCCUUAGUAUAGGCAUGGCUCUGUCCUAAGCCUCCCACAUGAUGGAGAAAGUGAAUGCAGGGAGCCAGUUGCCCGUGCUGACCUCACUGCGUUGUGUCAGGCUGCGAUGACAUUUUACCACCUCUUAAUAUUUCUGGCUUACUGCAACAUUUAGCUGAAGACUCUAAGGGAGUGCAAGUCAGGCUAGAAAUUGUUUUUUUUUUUUCAGAAAAAAAAAAAAGAAAGAAAAACCUCCCACCAUCACAAGAUGUUUCUGUCUAACGGCUUCAUUCUCUCUCCGCUAAAUACAAAUUACAGCUCUGACAUGCUGGAAGCACUUAUCUCCAGCUGAAUGCCAAUUGCUUUCAGGAACAAAAUGUUUGAAGUUCCUUUGAGGAAUAAGUACUCGGCACCAGGCAGCGUCGCCGUCAUGGGGAAGGACUAUUACAAGAUUCUGGGCAUCCAGUCUGGAGCCAACGAGGACGAGAUCAAGAAAGCCUACCGGAAAAUGGCCCUGAAGUACCACCCUGAUAAGAAUAAAGACCCCAACGCCGAGGAGAAGUUCAAGGAGAUCGCAGAGGCUUACGAUGUCCUGAGUGACCCCAAGAAGCGAGCCGUGUAUGACCAGUACGGGGAGGAAGGUCUCAAGACUGGAGGUGGCUCUUCAGGUGGCUCAGGGAACACUUUCCACUACACCUUCCACGGAGACCCCCACGCCACCUUCGCAUCUUUCUUCGGAGGCUCCAACCCCUUCGAUAUCUUCUUCGCUAGCAGCCGCUCCCGGGUGUUCAAUGGCUUUGACCAGGAAGACAUGGAUAUCGAUGAUGAUGAUGAUCCUUUCAGUGCCUUCGGCCGGUUUGGCUUCAACGGCAUUAAUGGGGUUCACCGGCGGCACCAGGAGUCCCUGCACACGCGGAGGAAGGUCCAAGACCCACCCGUUAUCCACGAGCUGAAGGUGUCCCUGGAAGAGAUCUACCAUGGCUCCACCAAGAGAAUGAAGAUCACCCGCAGAAGGCUCAACGCUGAUGGCCGGACCAUGCGGACUGAGGAUAAGAUCCUAAACAUUGUCAUCAAACGGGGUUGGAAGGAGGGAACCAAAAUCACAUUCCCCAAAGAAGGGGACGCCACGCCGGACAACAUCCCUGCUGACAUCGUCUUCAUCCUCAAGGACAAGCCUCACUCACACUUCAAGAGGGACGGGACGAACGUGGUCUACACCGCAAACAUCAGUCUUAAAGAGGCCCUGUGCGGCUGCACCGUGAACAUUCCCACCAUCGACGGGAGGGUGAUCCCGCUGCCCUGCAACGACAUCAUCAAGCCAGGCACAGUGAAGAGACUGCGCGGGGAAGGGCUGCCCUUCCCCAAGGCCCCCAACCAGCGAGGAGACUUGAUCGUGGAGUUCAAAAUCCGCUUCCCAGACAGAAUAGCUCCCCAGACGAGACAGAUCCUCAAGCAGCACCUCCCGUGCUCCUAGAGCCCCGGGGACUCUUCUCCAAGCAGCAAUACUCCAAACGCACGUGCCACAGCAUCCGGCCCACACGGAGCAGAGGUGCCAGAGCACUUUCAAAUGCAAAAAAAACACUUUCCUUCCCCAAAAAUCCCAUCCAUCCCUCCCACCCCUUCCCCUCUCAGCCUGUUUUCUACUCCAGCGGCGGGGGAAUGGUGAGCGCAGGCUCCUGCCCUUGCAGCUCUCCUCGCUGCCAGCCUUUUUUUCAUUUUGUUUUGUUUUUCUAGAGGUCCAGCUUUGCUGCCUUGCACAAGCGAGCGGCACGGGCUGUUUGCCCGGGGAGGUGCAUCACUUUGUGUUUUUUUGUGUCACCUGCUUUUCAAGCCAACCCUCUGACUAGAGGAUGGGCUCAUAGGGGAUUAAGCGCAAUGUAAAUAGGACUUCACAGGAUCUCACAUCCCACCGUGUUAGUUUUCUCCUCCCCUCUUUGAUACUUGCUGCUGUUCGGGGUCCCGGCCAUACCGAGGUGCCAAGGAAACUCCUGAGCGCGUACGGCCAAGGGACCGCUCCUGCGCGCGGUGGCCACUGUAGCCGGACCGUUUCUAACCAGGGACCACGGUACCUAGUCCUACUGCGGUCCACUCUCCUGUGCCAAGACCACUACCGAGCAUCACCUGUGCCAAUCAACCGAGCUCAAAGCACUUGGGGAUGGUCCCUUCCAGCCUCCUGCCCCCGCUGUCCCCCGUGCCUGCUGCCGGCCGGGGGGACGGGGGAGCCCAGGGUGGGAGCUUUCUUGUUCAGAUGUGUUGAGUUUGCAUUGCUGCUUUUUUUUAUACAUAUAUUUAGCUUGUUAGGUAAACUCCAUAAGGGUUUGCUCUGCCCGUUUUGGGUUUCCUGGAGUGGUUCACCCCAACUUUUGGGGAGCAGCUCAGCCAUACCAACUUCAUGCCUGUGAGAACAUAGUAUGUGUGUAGCACAAGUCUGGGUGCAAAAGCAGAGCCAAGCGUCAGCAGAGCUGUGGUUUUGACAAGCGUUUGAGUUCAACCUUAGGGAUUUUAUUAGGAAGAGUAAGGCACGUGUAUAUAUUUUUCUACAGGGACGUUUAAUUCAGGAGGUAUUUCUGGGUGUUACGGUGGAGCUGGAAGGAGCAUGAGGCAAUCUGCUUGGUGGUUUUGUUUUUAAAUGCUGUAUUUUUUUAAAAACUUUGGAUUUCCAUCAGGAGAAUUUUUAUAUUUCUUACCUUUCUCGGCCAACUCUGCCUCUUGCCAGUUUUUCCCAGGAGGGGUCCUGCAGAACAGCCGACCUGGCUCUGUAUGGCUCCUGCACCACCUCAGCUCUGCAUCUCCAGCCCGACCAGCACCGAGAAAGCCAAAACAUGCCCGCCCCCCCCCACCCCCCCGCCCCGGCAUCCUUUUU